AUGUUAGCUUUGGUGGCUGUAUUUCUGGUGGUUGGCAGCACAAGAGGUGAAAAGGUGUUUAGCUGUAGAUCCGACGAUUGCACGUUUGUGGUGGAUGAGCGGAAGUUGAAGGAGGACAUACACUCGUACAAGUUUAACUUCACUGUGGAAAGCGGUACUAUUGACGUGACUUUCGACGAUUCGCGUCUCUCGAUUGUUCCUCCGUCCCUGUUCGCUGACUACGGGGGCAGUUUGAAAACGUUGAUUUUACGUGGGGCAGACGUACAACGCGUCGAUCCCAACACGUUCGCUGAAGCAUCUGUACUACGAUUUCUGUUGCUGCACGACAACCGUAUUCCAAAGCUGCACAACUACAUGUUCCGUAAUGCCACGAACCUCGAGCGCAUCUAUAUCGGAAAUAACCGUAUCACGGAGGUGGAAGAGUUCACGUUUGCAGGGCUGGAAAAUUUGAAAGUGAUUCGUAUGGGACACAACAACAUUGAAGUGCUGCCACGAAAGCUGUUUGCAGGGUUGGGCCAAAUGACGGAUCUACAUCUUUUUCAAAAUCGUAUCGUGGAAUUGCCGGGUAGAGUGUUUGAGGAUCUAGGACUUCUAGAUGAGCUGUAUUUAGACUUGAACUACAUAGAGAAGAUUUCGAAGGACUGCUUUGUGGGAAUGCCGAAGCUUAGCAAGCUUAAACUGAACAAUAAUCGCAUUAGUUCAAUUCACCCGGAAGCGUUUAAACCGUUAAUCGAGUUGAAUUUUCUUUAUUUGGAAUCCAAUAAGCUGACUACCCUGGCGCCAGAAGCGUUCGUGUCUCAGACGGUGCUGCUUAUUCUGGAUUUGAGCGACAAUCAAAUCAAGGAGCUUCCAAAGGAUCUGUUCCGACAAACUGCUUCGCUUCAGAAACUGAUGAUGAACAAUAAUUCGCUUAGUCAAUUGCAUCCCGAUCUGUUCGCGAGUUCGGAUAGGUUGGGAGACCUGUAUAUGGAGAACAAUGAGUUGACAUCGCUCGAUGCGGCACUGUUCAGAAAUCUUCAGAAUGUAGAUACACUGCUACUGAAGAGCAAUCAAAUAAGUCACAUUAUUCCCGGUACAUUCGAACCGUUGAGAAAGCUCGAGGAGUUAAAUUUAGACAACAACGGGCUCAUGAGGCUUGAAGGAGGUGUGUUCCGUGGUUUAAAACGUUUGAGUAAGCUUUAUCUAAACCAUAAUCUCAUCAGUUGGCUAAGUGGCGACUGUUUGGAUGGUGCUAAUCAGCUAUCAGAACUUUACCUGGAUAAUAAUCCAAUUCAAUCGAUCGACGAAAACUUUCUCAAUAAGUCCUUGUUAACACGGUUGUCGAUGGACAAGUGUGGGCUAGAGAGCCUACCGAAAAAUCUUUUUGCUAACCAACAGAUUAUGCGUUUACUCUCGCUGGAGGGUAAUAAAUUGACCGAAAUAGAUCCGGAAACGUUCCAGCCACUCUUUCGACUAGUACAACUAGAUCUCAGUGACAAUCGGUUGCAAAAUAUCUCCACCAGCUUGGCAAAUUUUCCUCAGCUUGAUGUGCUGGACUUAUCCAAGAAUCGUAUCCGCAGCCUACCGGAGAAUGCGUUCGCCAAUACGGACCAGCUAAGAAAAAUCAACCUUGAAAACAACCAGCUGACAGAAAUUCCACGUGCUGUAACGAAGCUUCGAAGGCUGAAAACGAUGACGUUGGAAAAGAAUAAGAUUAAAUCUACUGCUGUGCCGCAGAUCGUGCAAGUGAAAGAGCUGUACCUGGGCGAUAAUGAAAUAAGUUCUCUUCAGUUGGAGAAAUUUACCAAAUUGGAGGAGCUAUUUGUGGAAAAUAAUCAACUUCACAGCUUAUCGAAAACUACGUUUGCCAAAAACACUAAGCUGAAAACUUUAAAUUUAUCAGGAAAUCGUCUUACGGGACCAUUGGAACGCGUUUUUACUGUCCUGAGAAAGCUGGAAAAACUAGCUUUGAGUGAUAAUCCAUUGGGCAUUGUGACAGCUACCACGUUCCAAGGUUUGGUAUACCUGGAAGAUCUUAAAUUGAAGAAUAUUAGUCUUCCUAGGAUAAGCAACGCACCAUUUGAAUCUAUUUCGGAUUUAGAGAAAUUGGACCUUUCGGAGAAUCGGCUUUCUAGCGUAGAAACGAAGGGGCUGCAUACCAAUGAAAUGCUAAAAGAAAUCUACAUCAACGAUAACCAUCUUAGCAUCGAUGACUUGAGUGGCUUGGUUGGACUGAAACAUUUGCAAACGAUCUCUCUUUCGUGUAACAACGUGAUCGUACCAGACACAUUGCUAGCUAACAAAACAAAGCUUACUGAACUGUUCAUACAGGGAAGCACGUUCAGCAGUCUACCGGCUCAGUUCUUCCGUUCAGCGCUAUCGCUCGAAAAGCUGUCCAUCUCCGACAAUAAGCAGUUUGUGAAGCUUCCAAAAGAUUUCUUCGCAGAUGUACCGUAUCUGCGUGAGCUCGUUCUGCUGAACAACAGCCUCUCUAGUCUCGAGACGGGGGUUUUCGAUCCUUUGGGAUCACUAGUGAAGUUGGACGUGUCGGAAAAUCCGUUGAAGUCGCUGCCGGAAGGUUUAUUCGCCAAGACGUUCAGUUUGAUAAGUUUGAGAAUUGCUCAUGCGAAUCUGUCCACCGUACCGUUGGGAAUUUUCGAUAAUCUGUACGCACUGAACGAGCUUGAUCUGAGCAACAAUCAGCUGAAAACGCUUUCGAAGGGUAUUUUCCAUCGUCUCUACUCUCUGCAAACUAUUUCACUGGAUAACAAUCUAUUCGAGGACCUGGAACCGGCUGUCUUUGAUGGUAUGGAGAAACUGAAAGUAGUGCAUCUGGCCCACAACAAGCUGAGCACCUUGAAUCCCCAGUUGUUUGCCGGACUACCGCUAGAAGCACUCGAUCUUUCGAGCAACAAAUUCGUCUCGUUCGAUGAGAGUGUGAUGGCGUUUGCCAAUCGGCUGCUCAUCCUGUCGCUGGAAAACAAUGCUCUUAGCUCGCUGAAGGUAUCAUCAACGCUCGAGAAGCUAUACAUUGACGGUAACCAACUGUCCUCGAUCGAGGUGCAACUGAUUGAGUCGGCAGAAUUCAGUACACUCACGACCAUAUCGGCAGUUAACAAUAGCUUCACCAGUCUCGAGUCUUUCUACAAGUUUAAGAUUCUAUCCGAACUGGACGUGUCCUAUAAUAGGUUUGAAGAGCUGGAGCUGGGUAAACUGUGCCACGAAAUACUGCCCCUCUACACGCUGAAUGCGUCGAACAGUUUCGUUCAGCGCAUCAAGAUCGAUGACAAUGACUCACCGCCGACCCUUACGCAUCUUGAUAUCUCAAACAACAACGUCACGACGCUGGAUGUAGGUAGCUACGCACUGUUCCAGAACCUGGAGAACUUUGUGUUUGGAGGCAACAAGUUCGAUUCAUUUUCGGUGACCGACCUGAUUCAGACGUUUAGGAAUCUGCAAACGAUCGGUCUCGAGGGCACGACUUGGAAGUGUGGUUUUUUGAACAGCUUGAAGGAAUCACUGACGGAGGUUGAUGUUGGCUUUUGGUACAAAUCCCGGAAUGAAGAAUAUGACAGUGCAGCGGAUGUGUGUUCGAAGGAGGUCGACGGUAUUUGCUGCGAGUAUCCAGAGCGAAAUGUAAGGAAAAAUGAAUAG